CUAAAGACAGUUGAUGUGAAUGUGUCUCAGAAAACAACUUGCACAACACAGAGAUGCAUGCAGUCAGUUACACGUGGUGGAGGGAGUUUCGGGGCAUUGUUCCCGAGUGAUGAGCUCACCUUCUGGGUGUCAAUGGCCUGUCAAUGCCCAGAAAAAAAACUCAACCUGUGGCAAGACGGCAGCCCAUUACCCAUUACCCUGUGUGUCUCUGAGUGGACAAGCAGAGCUAAUGAGGGCAGUGGAAAUUGAUCGUGUUUGAUGCUGUGGUAACAAGUCAGAGGACAAAGUAAAUAGAGAGAGAGAGGAGGAUAUGCUGCCAAACAUGCAUUAUUUCAUCAUCUUCUCAUCUGCAAUGUUGAUUUACUCUUUUCUUGCAAAUGUAACUUGCUGUAAAUGUGAAUAUCGUUAAUCUAGCUGCAGAGGUGGAGAUCUCUUUGCACUGCAUGGCUUGUAGAGCAAGGAUAAACGGAGGCUUAAUCGAUUUCCAUUGAUGAUCUUUUGCUGCCCUUUACACUAUGAUUCUUAUUUGAGCUGGAAACUGAUUUUGCAGAAUGUAUAAUGUGAAAUGAGACACAUUUUCAUUUACAAACACUGUAGUUGUUUGAGUUUUAAAGAUUUAAAAAUAGCGGUCAAAAUAAUGUACCGGUAAUAGAAAAACAUUUUCUCAUUGAGUUUUGUUCGGCCUGUCUGUGCUGUCCCUCGGAUGGUUUCAUCAGUGAGGCGAGUUGAGUCAGGGUGUUUUUUCUCUCGCUAAAAGGGCUGAGGAGGAUUAGCAGAGAUUUUAUUUUUUUUUUCUUUACCAGGUCUUCGGUAUAUGAUCAAAACAUGCCCAGUGGAGCUCAUUAGCAGACCGAGAUAGAAAGUGUAUACCACCUCUGACCAUCACAAGGACUUAAAACUGCCUCACUUGGCUUUCUAUUAAAAGUUCUCGGUCGGAAAAUAAAGUGUCUGAUUAUUCUGGGAAAAUAAUAAGAGUGGAAAUGCCUUUAAACACAUCAAACGCCACUGAUCACGUGGCCGUCACGGGUUGAGGCUGUUUUUGAGGAGGAGGGGGGGGUUGUAUAUGAAACUUUACUGCAUCUAGCUCACUUUUAGGAAAAUCCAUAAUUUAUUGACUUUGCGAUCAUUUUGGCAAUUCUCUGAACCAUUUAAGAAAGCUUGUUAUUAAUUAUUUAUUCGCUGUAUUUGAAUUCACAAGAGCAGCAGAGAAUCUUUGGGUCUUUUGGGAGAUCACAGAAUAAUUUAUGUUGCUAUCGAGCUAUGUAUUUGAGUGAGUGUUGCAGUUAUGUAAGAGUGUUGUUGCUGUCAGACUAAUAGCACCCUACAGAUCUAUGAGGAGAUGUUUUGGCAGGCUAGGUUUUUGUCUUCUUUUAGUUUUCUGACUGGAUUCACCAAAGCGAACCACUGGUGCUCAAAUGUUCAGAGCCAAAAAAUGCCUUUUUCUUCUCUUUAUUUCAUUGACUAUAUGUAGUGAGGCAAGUAUUAAAAACUUAAUAGCUCAAACUAUCUUUUAUAUCUUUGUGUGCUGUUUUUGUGUAGCCCUUUCUAUUAAAACCAUUUGAGGGCUCAAGUUAAAAACAACUCUAAGGACUAAUAAUGUGCGGUAUAUAAAGUUUUACAGGCAAAUUAGAUUUUAACAGAUGCCGGUGGAACCAAAGAAACAAGUCCUGAAAAGCCUUCUGUAGAAGAAAAUACAUUGUUUGCCUCUGUUGCAGGCCACCCUCGCUUUUUAUCCAGCCGGGUGCAAAGCUGAUUUCACCAAUCAUUGUUCCGUGUCAUUACCGAUGAGUCACAGUUGAUUUAUGACUAUGACUGAUGCUGAUUACAGUGAAUACCGCACAGUCACUGUUUCCCCCCCAAGGAAAGACACAUCCGUCUCAAUAUGAAGCCGGGGCAAACUGGCUCGCUUGCUCCAUAAUGAGAGUUUAAUUUCCGCAUAUGCCAACGAGUGUUAUUAAGAAACACCUUGUAAUUUACACAGCGAGAUGAGGUGGUGAUUUAUUUUGUCCCAUUGAAUUAUCAGGUUCUUAACCUUUCUUUAUAAUUGGUUCAGUCUUGAUCAAUACACUAACGGUAUUAUUGUAAUAAAUAACACAGUUAUUUAUUUCAAUAUAUUUUCUGCAAAUCAAAUUGUGCAUUUACAGCAUUUUCUGCAAAACUGCUAGUACAGUUAACUGUCACUGAAACAAAUAUUUUUACACACAAAUAUACAAAUAUAGACCACAUCUACAUAAAUAGAUCAUAAAGAGGAAUUAUGAUAAACCUUGACUGAAAGGCAGCAGAACUUAAUCCGGCGUAUCAUACCUUCUUGGAUUAAUUUUAAAGGAUUAGGAAGGAAUCAUAAAGUCAGUAAAGGGACUCAGUGUUGUCUGAUAGAACAGCCAUAUUGCCUGCAAUUUGCUAACAUUAGCCACCAUAAAAUACCGGACCAAGUAAAGCUGUGGCAGCAAAACUGCUGAGUCUAUUUGGAUUGAGCAACAGUGUGUAAUUACAUUCAACUUCUGAUUUGUAACUCUUGUUUUUACAAUCAUAAUAUAACAUCUUAAUUAGGGAGAAUCUUUAUAUUUCUACCUUUUGACAGGGCCAAGUUGUUUCUCACGUCUAUAUUUGUUUAUGCAUCAAGUUAAACUGGUAUUAAUCUUCUCGAUUUGGCAAGAAAGCUAAUUUCCCUUAAUGUCAAACAAUUCCUUUAAAAAUGCUGAUGUUUUUGAACUGACUCAGUGACCAAUUUAAAGACAGAAACAACUAAAAGUCACCAGAUUCUAAGACCAAAAGUCUUGAUUUUCACUCCAACCAACCAUGGUAACAACUAUUUUCACUGACUCAUACCAAACAAGAACUGAUCAGAUAAGAGCAGUUACUUGUAAAAACAAAAAAGCAAACAAACAAAAGGCCACACAAUUAUUGCCUUGGAUCUAGUCCCAAUUAUAAUCCAAGUCACACUCUGACAUUAGCCGCUAGAAAUGCCUCAGGCCAUUUGAGUUUGUGAGCUACAGUCGGCAAAGGUCAAGUCAAAUCUAAUUUCCCCAUCAUGAGUCAAUUUAUCCUCAUACAACGGUUUGUAUGAUCGCGUACAAAAAGUUAUGUUUCAUUAUUUCGUGCGUUGUCCUACGACUGUCCAGCGAUCAUUGGACCUGCACAAGCUCCCGCAGUGCAGAACCUGUGUUGGCACCAAAACUACCUGGUUAGGUUUAUGAAAAGAUCACAGUGUGGAUUAAAAUAGGUACAUUUGUUGCCUGACUUACUAAUGUAGUGUUAGUAUACAACGUAACACAGCUAAGGUGAUAUAAGUCACAACUUGGUUCUGCACAGGACAUGAACAUCAGUCUCCUGGGUAAAAGUCCUGUGCUUGUUUGAUCCAUCCAUCCAUCUACCCUCUCCAAACUCCUAUCUAUGUGGACUUUGUCACUGUUUGGAAUACGCCACCUGACUUCCUUAAAGAGAGCCCCGCACGUCCUGUGAGUUCUAUACAAAUUAAAUGACAUUACUUUCGUGGGUAUAAGUAGGAACAGUGAAUGAUAUCGACCUGAAUGGUUGAAGUCAGCAAACAUCAGUUGUUAAUUGGUAAGUGAAGAAGACAGACGGACACAAGACAAGGAAAAGCUGCAGAACAUGCAGCAAUUAUUUCAAUGAUUAAAAAAAAGUCUAUAUUGUAAAAAAAUAUUUGUUUUUCUUUUGGCUUAAUAUUUCAUUUAUUAUUAUUUAUUUUCAAUGCAAUACAGCCAACUCACAACUAGAAACAUGUUAUUAUUUUAAAGAUUUUAUUUUUGUUGCCAGGUUUGCUGUGCACAUUAAGUUUAUGGACUCAUAAAAGGAACAUGAUUCAGCUUUAUCGUUCUUGGGUCACGUCAGGAAAUUAAACUACCCCCGUGUUAUAGGUACAAAGGCAAGGGCAUACACACAGAUAUGAUUAUGCGUGUGAGUGUGUGUGUGAUUGCUUGUGUGUAUGAAAGCCAUCUGGAUCAAAGCUAGAAAGAUAGCACACUACAUUAAACCCUCACACACUUGCUGUGGUGGAGACAUAUUUUGGGUGUCCCUGUCCUCUUCAGUCAGACAAGAAGAGAGAAAGAAAUCACCAGAGGAUGAAGUGUGAGGUAGGUUAGAUCGAAGGAGGAGGGAGAGGGAGAGGGAGAGAGAGGGAGGUGCCACCAUCGACUGCAGCAGAAAAUUGAGCGAGCGGAGAAAAUGGGGGAGGGCAGUGUGGUGAUGAGAGAUGGAGAAAGAGAGGGAGAGAGGGAGAGAGUGGCAGCAUUUGCUCACUGCAGAGCCUUUCAUUGAUAAAGUAGCGCUGGUGUGAGCCAGAGGACUGCAGCUGGACACAUCACACACACACUACUCUCAUACAAACACUUCCUGGGUGUUUGUUUACAGGCUGACACCACGGCAUCGGCAUCAAUGCAUUCACUCACAGUGCACUCCAAACAGCACCACUGAGGACACAUACACACACACACACACACACACACAUACACAUCACAUGCUGAGACACUCUUACUGAUACGGACAUCCUCGCAGACUCCCCCUCCUCUUCUCCCAACCCUCUUUUGGGCAUGGGAGCAUAGUUCGGUAACAACAGGGAAGAGACACCUGAGGAGCAAGGAGUUGGUGCAUCUGAUCCGGGAUCCUUGGAUAAAAAGAGGCUGUUAUAGGUGCAGUGGAACCAGCCAACACACCAGUAUAAAGGUAUGGAAUGACGAAGGCAUGUGUGCAUGCAUUCUUAUGCCUACAGACACACUUUGGAGGGAUAUGUAAAGAUGCUCUGCAUGUGAAUACACUUACACACGCAUUGGUAAACUUCACACACACACACAUCAGACAGCUUACUGAGAUGCUUUCUGACUCCGUGGCUGUAAACAGAGCUGUUUUCUCCUCACAGCAACAGGAGCUGGCACCUUCCUUCGCCUUCUUCGUCUCUCCAUCUUUUUGUAUGCAUUCUCUCUCACAUCCUCCCUGUCUUUUUUCUCCAUCCUGACCCCUAGUUGUUUCAGCGAUAUCAUUUUUAUUGCAGCGUCCUGCCUCUGUCCCUCUUAUUUUUCUAGUCCAUCUGUUUUCUCCACCUCCACCUCCUCUCACUCUCUUUCUCACACCCUCUUUUUUGCCACCUCUCUCUCUUUCUCUCUCAACGAAGGCGCAUCCCUAUCAUUUUAUGUGCCGCGCUCGCACUCUUACUCCUGCCUUAAUCAACUCUUCCUCUUUCUGUUUGAAUCCCUGUCAGUCGCUCCGUCACGCUGGGAUCUACGGAGGCAAACGGAGUGCCGGUGUCGGCCAUGAAGCUGGUGAACGGGGGAGGAGGAGGCGGGGGAGGUGGAGGAGGUGGGGAGAAGACUGCCUUUUCCUUUAAGAAGUGCUCUGCUUUCCAGUUUGUCAAGAGAAAGGUACGAAGAUGGAUGCGAAACCCGAAGGUCAGCGUUGAGAAGGCCCAAGGGAACAGUCUCCUUUACUCCUGUCCAAAGUGUCCACUGGCCGAUGACCUGUGGUACACACACUUCCCCUCGCCUUACGGCUGCUGUCACUACGGCGGCCUGCAGGGCGGACAGUACUACCACCAGGAGACAAGCUCGCCGUGCCCUGCCAGUGGGCAAACCAGCGGCCAUGACAAGAGCAACGGCUGCAAGGUCAGGAAGUGGAAGAUGCUUUCCCGCCAUCACGGCGACGCUACAGGCAAGCAGAAGGAAGCAGAGUCAGACGUCCACCUGGGGGGUUGUCAGUCCUGGGGGAUCCACGCUUCGCCCCUCAUGGCCAGCCCUGUCAUGCUGGAGUGCUCCGUCUGCAGCGGGCCCUACAUCAGCUACGCCCUGGAGGAUACCUGGCAGCCACGUCAACGCACACAGGCGAUGGACCUGUACUACCACAAUCAGUCAGACGCAGACAGCUACUGUUGCCCUGGUGAAAACACUUUUAUGAAACAGAGGAGGAUGGGUCUGAACGACUUCAUUCAGAGGCUCGCCACAAACUCCUACGCCUGCAAGCAUCCCGAAGUUCAGUCUAUUAUGAACCUGAGUCCUCCUCAGGAUACUGAGCUCAUGAACACCAACCCCUCUCCUCCUCCCAGUCCAUCCCAACAGAUCAACCUCGGUCCGUCCUCCAACCCUUCAGCCAAACCCAGUGACUUCCACUUCCUGAAAGUGAUCGGCAAGGGGAGCUUCGGCAAGGUCCUGCUGGCCCGCCACCGUGCCGAUGACCAAUUUUACGCAGUCAAAGUCUUACAGAAAAAGGCCAUCCUCAAGAAGAAGGAGGAAAAACACAUAAUGUCAGAGAGGAAUGUGCUGCUGAAGAAUGUCAAGCACCCGUUCUUGGUUGGCCUGCACUACUCUUUCCAAACAACGGACAAACUCUACUUCAUCCUGGACUACAUCAACGGAGGAGAGUUGUUCUACCACCUACAGAGAGAGCGCUGCUUCCUCGAGCCCAGAGCCAGGUUCUACGCAGCAGAGAUCGCCAGCGCACUGGGCUACCUCCACUCCCUCAACAUCGUCUACAGAGACCUGAAGCCAGAGAACAUCCUGCUGGACUCACAGGGUCACAUCAUUCUCACAGAUUUCGGCCUCUGCAAGGAGAACAUUGAACCCAAUGGGACCACGUCAACCUUCUGCGGUACACCAGAGUAUUUGGCACCUGAGGUUCUACACAAGCAGCCGUACGACAGGACGGUGGACUGGUGGUGUUUAGGAGCUGUUCUCUAUGAGAUGCUCUAUGGCCUGCCUCCGUUCUACAGCCGCAACACAGCGGAGAUGUACGACAACAUCCUGAACAAGCCGCUGCAGCUGAAACCCAACAUUUCUAACGCAGCCAGACACCUGCUUGAGGGCCUUCUUCAGAAGGACCGAACCAAGAGGCUCGGCUGCACAGACGACUUUACUGAAAUUAAGAACCACGUAUUCUUCUCCCCCAUCAACUGGGAUGACCUCAAUGCCAAAAAGAUCACCCCUCCCUUCAACCCCAACGUGACGGGACCUAACGACCUGCGACACUUUGAUCCAGAGUUCACAGACGAGCCGGUGCCCAGCUCCAUCGGCUGUUCCCCAGACAGCGCGCUCGUUACAGCCAGCAUCAAAGAGGCUGCUGAGGCCUUUGUGGGCUUCUCUUACGCCCCAUCUAUGGAUUCCUACCUAUAGGAUUUAAACACAGGCCAUUGGCGGACACCAAUUCAGACUUACAGGACAUGGAAUGUGGUGUGUCCACGCACUUGCAUCUUGACCCCACCUUACAUUUACAAUUGGGGUGAUACAUUUUUCUGAACCAACCCCUGCAGCAACUCCGCAUCUGCAAAGAAUUGAAACAUGUGUACUUGUCAUAAUUUCUCCAACUCUUAAAAAGAAGACGUGCUGCAAGAGGAAGCCUGCUUUCUUUAGAUGACUCAUUGAGGUCGUAAUCCUCCAUCUUACCCUGAUUACCCGCACGAUUCCUUCAAUUUUCCACAACAAACACAAACUGCAGCCUUCAACCGCCCAUCUCUUACCCGAUAGUGGAGGUCCUUUGCACAUAGCUCAGGCAGCUUAGAAGCCCCCCCCCCCCCCCUCACCCCUGAACCGACAAGCACACACACACACACACACACACACACCAACUUCCACCUUCUCUCAAAAGAGGAAGGCUGCACCCUACUGUUCCAGCCCUGACGUGUAUUUCCAUCCUCAUCUAUGUAGACAGUCUUUUGAGAUUCUGUCCAACCACCCACGGGGGAGCUUCCUUUUGAGUUUUCAAUAAGUAGACAUGACAUUCAUUUGGUGCUUUGGUUUCUUCUCAUUUACUUUCUGUGUGGUUGAAAAAGGGACUUAUUUGAAGCUGAAUGUUACAAAGGGGGAUCUUUUAUUUAUUCUCUCAAAUGUGCCUUUUAUUUAUUUUCUCUCCAUCAGAUCUCGCAUAUUUUGGGUUUGUCUGCGUCGACCUUAACGUUACCACGUUUCAUAUCACUUUACACCUGACUUUUUAGGUUACCAGAGAGGAACGGUGUAGCACCAAAUCAACACACCUGUUGCAGCAAUAACGUGAGACGUAGAGAACUUAAACAAUGUUUCAUAUCUUCAUUUGCACAUAAAACAAUAAUGGUGAUAGAGAGAGAAAGAGAGAGCACGGCUGCUAGGUGACUAAGAGAGUGAUGUGUUCAGGAGUGUGUGUGUAGUUCUGCUUGCCAGCUGUGUCCGCCUUUUGUGGUCUUCCAUUCACCUCACGGCGGCCGGCGGCCAGGCUGACGACAUCGAAAGUGAACAUUCCAUUUUAAUAUUGCUGUAAUGCAGUUUGAUGGUAUUUAAGUUUGUUUGUAUAUUUGAGUUAUGUGUACUAGUUUUAAUGUAUAUUAUUGAACAAAAACUGACUUAAGGUAUGCUUAAAUAUAUAUAUAUAUAUGUAACAAUUCAUGUUAAAUGUACUGUAAAUUUAAGAUUUAUGUGACCAUGUCUGGUUUGCAAUAAAAGUUUAACUUUAUUACACCGUA